AUGGGCAACGGACAAUCAACAACAAAUGCAUCUAUAGUUUUAAAAAGUGCAGAAAGUCGUCGACGUAUCAAUAUCCAACAGACACAAAAUGUUCUUCUAAUCUGGUUAGACAGUAACAUUGACGAAACAAAUCAUGAUUGUCAAAAUACAAUCACAAAACUACGACGGGCCGUCAACAAUAUUAAUACAUUUACAGACGGCGACCAAUGUCUCGAAUUUAUCCAAACCAUCACCGAUAGCAAAGUAUGCAUGAUUAUAUCCGGAUCACUUGGACAACAGAUUGUGCCUCGUGUGCACAAUAUGUCCCAAGUUGAUUCUAUAUUUAUUUUUUGUGGAAAUAAAAAACAUCAUGAACAAUGGGUAAAAGAUUGGUCCAAAAUAAAGGGUGUCUUCACAGAUAUUACACCCAUUUGUGAAGCACUCAAGCAAGCUGCUCAUCAAUGUGAGCAAAAUGCCAUUCCCAUGAGUUUCGUGGGAUCAAAUAAAAAGUUGGAUCAAUUAGAUCCUUCUUUUAUGUAUACUCAGAUCCUCAAAGAAAUUAUAUUAACCAUCAAAUUCAACCAAAAGCACAUCCAAGAUUAUCUUAAUUACUGUCGCGAUGCUUUUGGCGACAAUAAAGAAGAAAUGGUUAAUAUUAAACGAUUAGAAGAUGAAUAUCACAAGAAAACACCAAUUUAUUGGUAUACUUGUCAAAUGUUCUUGUUUCCCAUGCUCAAUCGUGCAUUACGAAUGAUGGAUGGUGAUAUCAUUACACAUAUGGGCUUCUUCAUUGGUGAUCUCCAUCAACAAAUUGAACAACUACACAAGAAACAAUAUGCCGAUUCGACUGUUGCAGACACAUUUACCGUUUAUCGCGGUCAAGGUUUUUCUACAGGGGAUUUCGAACAAAUGAUGAAAACCAAAGGUGGUCUUAUUUCAUUCAAUAAUUUUUUAUCUACUAGUAAAGUUCGCAAUAUAUCACUUAAUUUUGCUCAUACUGCCAUAAUAAAUCCAGAUCAAGUGGGUGUCCUGUUUAUCAUGACAAUUAAUCCUACUCAAUUAACAACACCAUUUGCUUCAAUUUCAGGUGUUAGUGACUUCCAAGAAGAAGAUGAAGUCUUGUUUUCGAUGCAUAGCGUGUUCCGUAUUCAGGAUAUUAUACAGAUGGCAGGAAAAAAUCGUUUAUAUGAAGUUAAUUUGAUACUGACUGCUGACAACGAUCCAGAAUUGAACAGACUUACUGAUUACAUUCGAGAGGAGAGUUUUCCAGAUGAAGAAGGAUGGUACAGAUUGGGUUUGGUGCUAUUUGAGAUGGGUCAAUUUGACAAAGCUGAAGAUAUUUAUCAAGUUUUACUUGAUCAAAGAAAUGAUGAUAAAGAUAGGGCACUUAUUUACCAUCGACUUGGUAUGCUCAAAAGAAAUCAAGGAAAAUAUCAAGAGGCACUUACACUCUAUGAAAAAUCACUUGCUAUCAAACAAAACACUCUUCCUCCCAAUCAUCCUGAUUUGGCUAAGUCCUACAAUAACAUUGGUUUGGUGCAUUCUAACAUCGGUAAUUAUCCAAAAGCACUUUCUUAUUAUGAGAAAACUCUUGAGAUUGAUCAACAAUCACUUCCUCUUAAUCAUCCUGAUUUGGCUUCUUCCUAUAACAACAUUGGUUUGGUGCAUGACAGCAUGGGUAAUUAUCAGAAAGCACUUUCAUCUCAUGAAGAAGCCCUUAAAAUUCGACAACAAUCACUUCCUCCCAAUCAUCCUAAUAUGGCUUCUUCCUACAAUAACAUUGGUACCGUGCAUGCCAAAAUGGGUAAUUAUCUAAAAGCACUUUCUUAUCUUGACAAAACCCUUGAAAUUCGACAACAAUCACUUCCACCCAAUCAUCCCGAUUUAGCUAAGUCAUACAUUUCCAUUGGUGCAGUGCAUUACGAUACGGAUAAUUAUCCGAAAGCACUUUCUUAUUAUGAAAAAGCUCUUGAAAUUCAACAACAAUCACUUUCUCCCAACCAUCCUGAUUUGAAUAUGUCCUACAGCAAUAUUGGUUUGGUGUAUGAAAAUAUGGGUGAUUACUCGAAAGCUCGUAUAUUUUAUGAACAUGCUAUACAAAUUGCACAACAAUCAUUACCUUCAAACCAGCUUCAUCUUCAAGAUUAUAGAAAUAGCCUCGAACGUGUAAAAAAUAAAUAA